CUAGAGAUAUUGACUGCACCAUUCUACCAUUUAGGAGUUUUGUUAGGUUAGAGAAAUGCUUCGAUACUAGAGAAAUAGCAUUCACAGUGUAAACAUAUAAACGUACUGCUUUGAUGGCACGUAAGUGGUUGCACGUAAGUGGUUGCAUCUGUAGGCACCUUUCAAUGUUUUGUAUUAACUAAAGAGAUAUUGGUCAGAUUGUUAUUUUAGAUUAUCUGUUAUGUUUAGAAUUUACUUUUGUUUCUGCUGCUACCUCCUAAUUCAGAUUUGGGUUACCUGCCACCUGAGCUAAUGUAGCUUCUUGUGAUUAGACUCUGGGAUUUUGUUCUCUCCUCAGUACAUUUACAUCCAUAUGAUUGACAGGUUAGUUUUACUAACUAGUGACGUGUAUUGCUUACCAGAGAGACCAUGAACUCAUCUUGGCAUUGAAGAUUUGCUCAUCCAUCCCAUCCUCAUUGCUGUCACUCCUAGUUGAGACCCCCUGCCAUUUGUUGUCCCCUCCUCAGGGAAGACUUCCCUGGCUUCCUCUCACAGCCCUUUGUGCAACUCUCACAGCACCUAAUCAUUUAGCCCACAUCACUAAAUCUAGGAAAUGAGGCAUUCGGUACAUGUUGGUGCACAUCAUCCAGAGAUGAUCUUCUUUACACGUUUGCAAGCUUUCCUGGUGUGAUUUCCAGAGUGGGCUGUAUACUCAAGUCAUCUAGAUUUACUUUGUUGACAUUCCUUCUGCUAAUUUGUUUAUGAAUGAAUCUCAAAGUAUGCCAGAAAGGACAUUAGCUUUAUUUCCAUUUUAAUUAGUUAGAAAAUAUAAUUAUUUUCCUUCUUUACUUAGCUUUCUUACUUGAUUUUGUAUGUUAGUUUCUUCCAACACAUUUGUAGUUUUUCUCCUUAAAUUAUGCCAUAUUUCAUGCCAUUAAAAUAUGAUCUGUAUGCAGGUAAAUUAAUUCCGUUAACAUUUUACUCUGAGGUACACAGAGAUUGCCCAGUGCAUGGUGAUAUAUUUAGAUAUUCAGAAGGGAUGUUAUAAAGCUCAUGCUGGCUAUAGUCCUCCUCAGGUCUUAGGGCAGAGAAUGGCCACACAUAAAGCCAACUCCUUACAACACUGAGAAAAAGGUUUGGUUCUGUGUAAGCAGAAAGGCACUUUUUCUGGGUGAGGAGGCCUACUGUGAUAAGCAUGUGGUAUGGUUUUGGUCCUGUGAAAUAAUACUGUCAGUUUAUCUCUUCUUGAGUUUUUGUUUGUAUCCUAUAAUUUAUUUUCUCCUUUUACAGACGUUUCUAAGGAAUGUGUUUGUAAACUUAAUAUAAUACAAAAGAGGGUAUUAUUUACGGACCUAGUUUUUAAAUUCAAGUCAAGACUUACUGAUAAAUGUGAAUGUCUGAAAUCAGAAUACUUAAUAAAUUUUCAGAGUUCUAGUUAUUUGCUCACUUCAUAUCAUACCAUGUAGAAAGUCCAAGUCUGUAUACCUGUUAAACAUGAGAAUGGUAAGUGCCAAAUUGAUUUUGCCAAAUUUCCUUUGACUAAGAAGUCAUUUAUCAUAUAUGGUCCAAAGGUGAAAUGUUUAUUAUGUACAAGCUUGCUUUUAAUUCUGUACUUCUGAAUGAUUAUUGUAGAAUACUGGUAAACUUAGUCAUUAUAAGCAAUGAAAGAACCUUGUUGAAGGAAUUAUGUGAUGAAUCAUUUUCUAAAGAGUAAUGAGCCCUAGGGUACUUUUUCAAAUUAAAAAUCAUACAUUAGAUUUUAAGGAAAAGGUUUUUAAUAAGGAAAUAACAAUAAUAACUACUAUAGAAACAGAAAGUUUGCCUGUUCUAUUUAAAUAUGCCUCUGUACCAUAUGUGAUUACAGUCAUCAGUAAAAAUGUGAAAAUUAAGAUUGCCUUGACACCUCCAUAUUAAAAGUUGUGUUAAUGGUUUCAGUUCUUUGCUGUAGUCAAAACAUGCUAUCCAUACCUAGUGAUAUCUUACCUUGAAAGUGUGGUUCUUUUGAGUACUAUUCAGUUUUUUUCCUCCAGUAUCUAAUCCCCCUGGUCACCCAAGUGUCCCCUGCCCAUUGUGCCCUGUGUGGCAAGGACAGCCACACAGACUCUGUCAUCCUUAGAGAGAAGAGGUAGUAUGGUAGUGAUGUCAGAACACUCAUGGGUCUCUUUCUGUACAGUGGGGGUUAUGGCUCCACCUCAAAAAUGUGGAGUGAGAAUUAAGUGACUAUAAUGUCUUCAAACAAGGCCUGGUGCAUAACAAGCCCUAGACACAUGUCCCCUGUUGCUAUUUUAGGCUUUUUUUCAAGGCACUAUUAUUUCCUUAGACCUGUUCCUUGGUCAUAUGUACAAACUUAAAAAAAUGACUUCUGUUUUUUUCUUUCAAUAAAUAAAUAAAGAGAAGUAGAAAAGAAAGAUUGGUAGAUAUGGUGGAUAUCCUCAGCUGCUUUUGUAGCUCAACUAGACGUCUGAGAACCAUUUAACAAUAGAGUUAAAGCACUAGAAAAAAAUCUUACCCUUGUCAUAUUAUAAUUGCAGUUUUUGUUGAGUAUCCAUUAGGGAUUGAUUCUAGGAUCUGCCUCUACCUAUGUAUACCAAAAUCUAGAGGAUGCUCACUCACGUCUCAUGUAUAAAAUGACAUCCUUACAUAUAACCUAUACAUCUUUCCUUAUACUUUAAAUCAUUUCUACAUUACUUAUAAUACCUAAGACAAUGUAAGGUACUGUGCAAAUACUCGUUUAGAGAAUAACGAUAAGAAAAAUGUCUGUGUGUUCAGUGGAGAUGCAGUUGUUCCUCAGUCUGUGGUUGGUUGAGUUCAUGGUUGUAGAGGACCAACUGUGUGUAAUCUCAGCACUUGCAGGGGCAGUGUAAUUACUCUUUGCUUGAUCAGUAUAAGAAUCCCCCAAGGAGUUGGUGAAUGGAGUGUAGGGGGGGUGCUGUCGGGUUGUCAGGUGAUGAGACAGAAUGUUCAGGAAUCACAGGAGUAGAUGAUGAAAAGUUCCCUCUGUCCUAGCAUGCCCUCCACAUUUGGCUCCCUUUUCCUUUUUCUUUUACAGGCUUUUUGGGAGCUUAUGUCAGUGGAAACCACAGCUUCUGGCUUUUAUAAUGAGUACUUGAUCAGGGGGCACACAGAGAUUACCGCGUGCCAUUGGGAUGUCCCUGGCCAAAGAGCUCAUCUUCUCUGCGCGUGUGCUCGAUGGCCAAGAAGCCAAAGCAGUGGGCUUGAUCAGCCAUGUUCUGGAACAGAACCAGGAGGGAGAUGCUGCCUACCAAAAGGCCCUGGACCUGGCAAGAGAGUUUUUACCUCAGGGACCUGUUGCAAUGAGAGUGGCAAAAUUAGCCAUUAAUCAGGGGAUGGAGGUCGACUUAGUCACAGGGUUAGCCAUAGAAGAAGCUUGUUAUGCUCAGACCAUUUCAACGAAAGACAGACUGGAAGGUCUUCUUGCUUUCAAAGAGAAAAGGCCCCCCCGCUAUAAAGGAGAAUAGGAGAAACAGAAGUUCUUACAGCACCACUGUAAUAAGCAGACUUCUGGAAGAAUCUUUCAGAUCCACUCUAGGCCUCUGCACAUGGAAUCUCAGUGACCAAAGUGAAGAGCAAGUACUUGUCUGGUGCACUAAGCAUCUGGAUUGGGCCCAUCUGUGUAUUCAUUUCAACGUGUAUCAUGUCAUAGUCUGAUUCAGAUUUAUGAUAGUAGUCUAUAUUGCCAAAAGCAUUAAAAAUUAGGUACAUGUUUUUAAGUCUUUCCUGCAUAUGAAGCUUUCCGUUCUUGAUUUUUUAAUGUGAAUAAUUUAUAUAUUGCACACUUGAGGGUAUAAUACUGACUGUAUGUCUACUGUGCUGCAUUAAGAAAAUAAAAUUAUUUCUGUAUACCAAAAAUGUGAAAUUAUACCAAAUAAAGUUUCUAAGUGAUUACAUGCAUAUGAACAAACACACAUAUGUACAUCUCAACCUGAAAAAUGAACUGAUAUUCUGAGUGAAUACUACCUAACAUCAAUAAAAUUAGUGAAAAGAAAACUUUGGAA